GGGGGUUCGCUUCAGGUCAGGCAGAGCACCCUUGAAGAUUGACACCAUCUGGGUCCCGAACCCAGCAAAUUGACGCAACAACGUUUUACGUAGGUACUUCACUCGGAGAGACGGUCUCAAGGUUGUGAAUCGAAAUCGAACUGCGAAUGGACUCAAGAUGCUGCCCUCCGAUGCCUAGUGGUUUCCAUCAUCAGUGUGCAGUAAUUUAGGGAAGUCCAUCUCCGCCAUCGCAUCGUCCGGGUCUGUUUUCAAUCUGACGACAGUUGUUUGCGGAAGGAUCGAUCAACGAGCAACUUCUACUAGAAACUUCAGCAUGUCUUUCCUACGAAACAUACGUAACAAUUUAGCCAAUCAUGCUUACAACACUCAGCGCAACGGAAAAUCGAAACAAACAAAUUUAUCUACAAACGCCAGAACACACAACUCAGGCAACGAAUCCGAACAGGACCGCUAUGGAACGUACGGUGGCAGAAGAGACAGUGGAUCAAUCGCAACCGCCAGGAAAGGAAGCGGCUCGAUUGUGACCACCCUUCGGCGGGAUGGCAAAUACAGCAAGGAAAACCCAGCGCCCAUCAUUGUGUAUGUGGACAAGUACGAAACGGGCCCAAAACCUGCUGGAAUACUGCGGAAGAAUACUUUUACCAAGAGUGAUCAUGAUCCAGAACGUCGCAAGUCGGGCAAUGCCAUUACACGGAGUGAUACUUUUACGAUUAACGAAUCCGAAGAUGAGCAGAAGACGAACACCAACACGUACUCGAAGAAAAAACAGAAAGAAAAACCCCAGAAGAACGCGGUUGAGACCGACCGAGGAUCAACGGACAAUCUACCGGUGGUGAUCGAUUCUCGUACCUAUCGGAAGAAAUCUCUCAAGUCAUCAAAACCAGUACAGAAGGUCGAAAGCUUCAUCAAACGGUUCGAGAAAAGUCUUUUCAAGCAUGAAUCCAAGAAAAAUGGACGAAAGGAUUCCAAUUCGUCAGUUGAAACGUACGUGCCAACUUUUAGGGACGUCGGUAUUAAUUGUAAACUAGACGAGGAGGAAAAACUUAAAGCCAGGAAGAAACGACAAAGUUCGAGAGAUUCAUUAAUUGAAGUAAGCAAUGUCUACCACAGCUCGUCUUCCCAGAAGAGUUUCCGCGAAGGAACGGGUGCUCCGCAAAACCGACCGCGGGAAAGAAGCAGCUCCCCGAGCAAGAAGUUCUCAACCUACGAUCGAAAGAAGCAGAGUCAGUUUGAUCGUGACGAUACCCCAGCAAGGGACUGCCAACGAAGUACUUCACCUUUUGAAACUCUAGAAUUGAAGGCAAAGCCUUCAGAAAUGAGCUCCCAUAAAGCACGUCAGAAGGAAGCUGAAAUGGGCUACAGUACUGUGAGCAAAAAGCCGGCUUCGAGUUUGCCAAGAACUCAAAUGCAAGAUCGGAGCAAAUCCAUUCUAGUCACAGCUCGAAAGGAACGCUUCGAGCCGGACAGUACAAAGCGGAACUAUACGGUAACAACCAGCGCCCACCACCAUCGGGUGGAAUUCGGACAGCAGGGUCCGUUUCGAUCGAAUACAUACGACACAUUGAAAGAAGAGUACGAGCAAGCCAACCGCAAACCGGUCGGGGUCGCUAGUCCUCGUUUAAGCUCCAGCCAUACGGCCCAGGAAAACACCAACACAAAUCGGAAGGAUUCAACCGAACUGCCGAAAUACACUUUUGGAACGAAUCUGCAGGAGCGACGCAGUCGCUUCCAACAGUUCCAGAAAUCGUUUAAACAGCUGGACGACAAGAGUGCCGAAGUCACCUAUCAGCAGAGCUUUUUUGUGCCAAUCUAACAAGACUAAUUAGUUAAUAGUUCGGAAUGCUUCAGACUUCCAAGUUUAACGAUAAAAGAGCUUUAUGGAUUAACUUCUAACUCGAAUCAUUUUUUUGUUCUGCAGGAAUAAAACUAAACAUUUA